AUGGACGAUGGUUAUGCGGCUCUGAAGUGGCUCCGAGCUCAAGCCACGUCUGAUGAGCCGGAUACAUGGUUGACAGAUGUGGCUGACUUCAACCGGGUUUUCAUAUCGGGAGACUCGGCCGGUGGGAACAUUGCCCAUAAUUUGGCAGUGCGGCUGAGGGCCGGCUCGCCCGAGUUGGUACCGGUUCGAGUGAAGGGGUACGUGCUGUUGGCACCUUUCUUUGGUGGUGACGUUCUGACGAGGUCGGAGGCGGAGGGACCCAAGGAUGCUUUCUUGAAUUGGGAACUUAUUGACAGGUCACCAGUUGUGACAGUUGUUUGUUUUCUUCUGCCGAUUUUUAUUUUAGGACAUGUUUGGUUUGCUUUUUUUUUUUUUUUUUAA